AUGGUCGGACUGAUCCCCAACACCCUCUUCCUGGUGGUCAUCACCUCGACGCUCCUCGCCGGCCUUCGACGCGGGAGCGGCUUGACCUUCCAGACACAGCAGAUCCAGAACGCCACCGGCGCCAAGGCCAUCUCUAUCUACCUGGCCAUCGGCGAGUGGGCAUACGAACGUCUCGUGGGCUUUGCGCGCGGCAGCAAGUACUUCAAGUUUGACCCCAACGUCACGGUGGACGGGGUCAAGGGCCAGGUCAACGAGUUCACAGAGGGCAUCAAAGCCGCCGCAGAACAGUUCACCAAGACUGAAUGA